GUGAUCAUUCAAUGGAUCCUCUGGCCAUGUUCAGGGGAGAGUUCACAGGUGAUCAAAGGGUACAGCCGUCACUGGAGUCCAGGUGUUUAGAACAGACGAGUUCACCAAAACAGUAUCUCCUGCGCACCCUGAAGAAGCUGAAGAAGGAUGAGAAGUUGAAACUGUUUCAGAGUCAUCUGAGUCAGGACUGCCCAGAAUGCUUUCAGAGUCUGUCUGAAAAUCCUUUUGUGCUGGAUAAGUUUAUGAAGAUGAAGGAAUUGUUCAAGAGUCAUCAAAUUGCUGAUUACCCAGAAUGCACUGAGAGAGAGCCGGAGCAUCCUGAGGCCCUGUACAUAGUUGAGAAGAUGCUGGAGACCUGUGACAGUGAGGGGUCUCUGAAGAUCACACUCCACAUCCUGAGGAACAUGAAGCAGAAGGAUCUCACUGACUCACUGGAGAGAGAUGAGCAGCACAAUGAAUCCAUAAAACAAGCCCAGCUGGCACUGAAAACUCAUCUGAAGAGGAAGUUUGAAUGCAUAUUUGAAGGUUCAGCAAAGCAGGGCCACCCAACCCUCCUCAAUGAGAUCUAUACAGAGCUCUACAUCACAGAGGGGGGAAGUGGAGGGGUCAAUAAUGAACAUGAGGUGAGACAGAUUGAGCCAGCGGCCAAGAGACAAACCACACAGGAGACUGCAAUCCUCUACAAUGACAUAUUUAAGCCUUUACCUGGACAAGAGAAACCCAGAACUGUGCUUACAAAGGGCAUCGCUGGCAUUGGGAAAACUGUCUCUGUGCAGAAGUUCAUUCUGGACUGGGCAGAAGGAAAAGCCAAUCAGGACAUUGAUUUCCUCUUCACUCUUCCUUUCCGAGAUCUGAAUUUGAAGAAGGAUAAAGCAUUCAGUCUGAUGCAACUUCUGCAGCACUACUUUCCACAACUGAAAGAGAUCAGAAGUGUUGAAGGUGAUGAAAUCAAAGUUUUGUUUAUCUUUGAUGGUCUGGAUGAGUGUCGACUUCCUCUAGAUUUCCAAAACAAUGAGAUCUGCUGUGAUAUAACAGAGUCAUCAUCAGUGGAUGUGCUGCUGACCAACCUCAUUAAAGGGAAUUUGCUUCCCUCUGCUCUCAUCUGGAUCACCUCCCGACCAGCAGCAGCCAAUCAGAUCCCUCCUGAGUGUGUUGACCAGUUGACAGAGGUACGAGGGUUCAAUGACCCACAGAAGGAGGAGUACUUCAGGAAGAGAUUCAGAGAUCAGAACAAGGCCAGCAGAAUUGUUUCACACACAAAGUCAUCCAGGAGCCUCUACAUCAUGUGUCACAUACCAGCCUUCUGCUGGAUUUAUUCUACUGUUCUGGAGAUAAUACUAGGCAAAGUAGAGAGUGGAGAUCUGCCCAAAACUCUGACUGAAAUGUACACAAACUUCCUGCUCAUUCAGACUAAUGUGAAGAAUGAGAAGUAUCAUGGCACUAAUGAGACAAACCUGAAGAUGUCAGGUAGAGAAAUUGUCCUGAAACUGGGGCAGCUGGCUUUUCUACAGCUGGAAAAGGGCAAUCUGAUAUUCUAUGAAGAGGACCUGAGAGAGAGUGGCAUUGAUGUCAGUGAAGCUUCAGUGUACUCUGGGGUGUGCACAGAGAUCUUUAAAGAGGAGUGUGGGUUGAAUCAGGAGAAGGUCUACUGCUUUGUGCAUCUGAGUGUUCAAGAGUAUCUGGCUGCCUUGUUUGUGUUUCAUUCAUGUGUCAAUGAGAACAGAAAUGUACUCAGAGCAGAACCUCGCAGUGACAGAGUGCAGCUGUCUGAGUUACACAGGACUGCAGUGGAUCAGGCCUUAAAGAGUAAGAAUGGACACCUGGACCUUUUUCUCCGAUUCCUUCUUGGCCUCUCUCUGGACUCCAUUCAGACUGUCUUAGGAGGACUACUGAUGCAGACAGGAAGCAGAUCACCUGUACCAGACCAACGGACAGAAAGCAGAUCACAGAGCAUUGAGAUAACAGUUCAGUAUAUUAAGAAGAGGAUCAGAGAGGAGUCUUCAGCUGACAGGACCAUCAAUCUGUUCCACUGUCUCAGUGAACUGAAUGACAACUCUCUAGUGGAGGAAAUCCAGAAUUCACUGAGAUCAGGAAAACUUUCAGAUAUAAAGCUGGAACCACACCAGUGUUCAGCUCUGGCCUUUGUGUUACUGAUGUCAGAGGAGGUCCUGGAUGAGUUUGACAUGAAGACCUACAACACAUCAGCAGCAGGUCAUCAUAGACUGGUACCAGUAGUCAGGAACUGCAGGAAGGCCAUACUGAACAGCUGUCACCCCACAGCGAAGUCCUGUGAUAUUGUGGCCUCAGCUCUCCAGUCAUCAAACUCACCCCUGAGAGAUCUGGACCUCAGCUACAAUAACCUGGGAGAUUCAGGAGUGAAGCUGCUCUGUGCUGGACUGAUGAGUCCAAACUGUAAACUACAGAGACUGGGGUGAGUGGUGCUAUGUACU